AUGACCCCGCAGUUACUCAAAGGGCGGUUCUGUCGAGCAGAAACAGGGAAAUUAAACAAAAUUGCCUUGGGUUCCAACUGGACUCGUCGCCUCCCUGCACCUGACACACCCAACCUGCUAAUGUCUCUGCGUGCUGCCCGUGGUGUGAGGCCAGAAACGUCCUGCGAUUCACGCACAGGCACGUGUCAGAUUCGCCAGGCCAGGCAACUCCACUUCACUGGAACCCACUGGAACAACCGUCAACUCACCACCGGAGAGGAAAUCAAACCUAGUCGUGUUCCAGGUUUAAAUAUUCCUUUGUGUGCUGCUCAGUGUGAGAGGAUUUUCAACACCACACGCAUUCCUGGAGAAGAGACAGAUUGCCUGACUCACUGGCAGGACAGUGAGUAUGUCGCGGUCUUCCACCGAGGGCGUUUUUUCCGCCUGUGGCUGUAUCAUGCUGGCCGUAUGCUGUCUCCCAGAGAGAUCGAGCACCAGGUUCAGCGUAUCCUUGACGACCCGUCACCCCCUGCGCCCGGAGAGGCCAAACUGGCAGCGCUGACGGCAGGGGACAGAAUCCCUUGGGCCCAGGCGAGGAAGGAGUUCUUCAGCUCAGGCGUGAAUAAGAGAUCUCUGGACUGCAUUGAGAAAGCGGCGUUCUUCGUUGCCCUUGAUGACGAUGAGCAAGGCAUGAUGGGAGAUGAUCCUGCUGGCAAUUUGGAUCGGUAUGCCAAGUCCCUGCUGCACGGCAAGUGCUACGACAGAUGGUUUGACAAGUCGUUCACAGUGGUGGUGUAUAAAAAUGGAAAGAACGGACUCAAUGCUGAACACUCUUGGGCGGAUGCACCUAUAAUGGCUCAUGUGUGGGAGUAUGUGAUGACUACCGAUUGUUUCCAGUUGGGUUAUAAUGAAGAAGGUCACUGUAAAGGAGACAUCGCCUCCUCCCUGCCUCAACCUACUAGACUAACCUGGGACAUACCUGUACAGUGUCAGGAGCGUGUGGAACAGUCUCUCGCUGUGGCUCAGGCUCUCGCCGACGACAUCGACUUCCAUGUGUUCCCAAUACAAGAGUUUGGCAAGGGCGCCAUCAAAAAGUGUAAAAUCAGUCCAGAUGCCUUCAUUCAGAUUGCGCUACAGUUGGCCUAUUAUAGGAAUCGAGGCACGUUCUCCCUGACCUACGAAGCGUCUAUGACCCGUUUGUUCCGCGAGGGCCGGACCGAGACGGUGCGUUCCUGCACCAGUGAGAGCUGCGCUUUUGUCCGAGCACUGGAGGGUGGAGAGAGUAAGGAGGUGUGUCGACGUCUCUUCCGCACGGCGUCUGAGAAACACCAGCAUCUGUACAGGAUGGCUAUGACGGGAGGAGGGAUAGACCGACACCUGCUCUGCCUCUACAUUGUGUCCAAAUACCUGGGAGAGGAGUCGCCAUUCCUCAAAGAGGUCCUUUCAGAAACGUGGCGUCUGUCCACCAGUCAGACUCCACUGCAGCAGGUGGAGCUGUUUGAUUUCGUUAACCACCCAGACUACACCACCUGCGGUGGAGGAUUUGGCCCGGUCGCAGAUGAUGGUUAUGGCGUGUCUUACAUCAUCAUCGGAGAAAACAUGAUCAACUUCCAUAUUUCCAGCAAACACUCCUGCCCUCAGACUGAUUCUCACAAGUUUGGCGUUUAUAUCAAGAAGGCCUUAGUGGAUCUCCUGGAGUUGAUGUCACCGGAGAAGCCCGACCUGUCCAAAGCUGAGCAGAACCACUCGAAGAGCCCUCAGAGCAAAAAAGACCUGUAGAGGAGGUAGAAGAGAUUGCCCAUGACGGUCUAAAGAAGACAUGAGGCCACGUAGAACUAGGAAAUUUAUUGUGUGAGUGUGUGCGUGUUCGUUUGAAUGCACGUUUGUUACUACCUACAAAUAUGCGUUCAUACAUUCCAUUGCUUGUUGUAAUCGAUGCCAUGAAGCCAUGAAUAACAUAAUAAUGUAAAAAUGGUGGAAGCUGCUUCUUCAGAAACCAUAUUAAUACAAAAUAAAAUGUACGAAAGAGGACUAAAAGCGAAAGGUAGAGUGGUAGAGGAAAACCUUCAAUGUUUUCCAGUAGACCGACGUUUAGAUUUAAAUGAGGUCCUCACUUUUAAUUGUAAUGAAGAAUCAUGAAUUGUUAGUGUACAUUAUCUCCAGAUGAUGGGAAUCUAAUGGUUAAUGAUCUGACCAGUUAGUGUAAUGGUUGUAGGUUCAUUCCAAGUAAGGAUGACAUGUGACAGGUAACGCAUCACCUCUGUACCUUCUGAUGAAGGCACUUCAUUGCUCUUACAGUACAGUAAAUCACAUCGACUGUAAAUAGAAACUCUCCAUCUGAACAGGUUAUAUUAAGGUGUAAGACUUGAUCUUGGACUAAAAUCCAGUGUCGUUUUACUUGAAUCCCAGAGCAGAAGAAUAUUUACAAUUUCAGUGACUAAUGACUCAGAAUAUUACAUGUGACUGCAGUUUUAAUGUGAUUGUCCAGAUACUUUGAAAUGUUGAUCUCACUGUUAAGUCUAUUAAUUUUAACUGUUUUUAAUUUAAAAGUAUGUUUUUGUUUUUUUUUUCUUUCUUUUUUUUCCUACAGUUUAUGAUAAAACAACUUAAUAACUAUUCACAAUGCAUUUAGCAAAUUUGAGAAUGUCUAAUAGGUAUAGCGAUGCCAGAGGAGGAAUUAUUUACUCCACAACACAUUUCUGUUAAUGUCUCAGGUGUUUCGAAUGCACAAUUUAACUUAAAAGAUUAAUCAUGGCCAGUUAAUUGUAGUUCCUGUUUACUUGUACCCAAACGGACAUCUCCUUAAAGGGAUAGUUCACCAAAAAU